AAUGGAGCUUCUUUUGCUCAUCACUGCCUUUCUAAAUGGAGUUUGCUGUUUGCAGGCAGACGAAACGGAUUUAUUUGAAAAUAAUCACAUUGAGUACUUUUAUGACCCGUCUCCAGCAAAAUCCUCCACUUUUUUGUCAAAGGCAAAUUACUUUGUCCCGCCUUUUGGACAACCAGGUGCAUUUGGAUUUAAUCAGCAGCAGCCAAACAACUAUUUCAAUAACGUGCAGCAAUAUGCCCAAAACUCCCCAGAUUGCGUUUGUGGUUUACCGAGCACAACAACAAGCGGCCAAAGGUCUCCUAGAGCCAACUUCUUUAUAGAACCUGACGAUGGUAGGAUUGUUGGAGGCAUUGAAGCUGUGCCACAUUCAAUGCCGUGGAUGGCACUUCUUGUGUCACAAGAGCGGGACUACGCGCCUUUUUGCGGCGGGUCCAUCAUAAAUGACAGAUAUGUUCUUACAGCGGCGCACUGUUACGAUAAAAAAAUUUUAAUUGAGGACAUCAAAAUAAUUAUUGGCGAGCACGACCGCUGCCGUCAGGACCGCGUGACGGUCAUAAUGUCGGUGGACAAAAUGAUCAUCCAUCCCGCAUUUCGCCAAGUUGAUUUUUUUGCCGACAUAAUGCUCCUAAGACUAAGUAUGCGAAUCACCUUCAAUAGAGUUAUUCGACCGAUUUGCCUGCCUCCCCAAGGGCUGUCUUUUGAGAACAAUUGGGCCAUAGUGUCUGGAUGGGGCACACAAAACUCAAGCGGUUCUCUUCAGUGCACCCUAAAGCAGGCCACCGUCCCUAUUAUCUCACAGCAGGAAUGCGCCUUGAAAUCAAAAUACCCCCCAAAUGCGGUGCACGCGACACUUUUCUGUGCAGGACUUAUCGGACAGGGCGGCCGAGACUCUUGCCAGGCAAGUAUUCAAAAGCAAAAUUUUUAACUUGUAUUAGGAGUUUCUCUUUUAUUUUAAUUUACGAAGUAACGAUGAGAAAUUUGCUACACAAUAUGGAAAAAUGGAAAGCAUGCAUAAACUGAAAAGAAUU